CUCUGCUGUUUUUCAGACCAAGAUGGCUCAUGUCCAGUUCACCGACACAUUGGUUAGGGAAUAUUUAGUAUCAAGGGGAUUUGCUACUGCGUUAAAGAGUUUUGAUUCUGAUGCUAAAGCCAGCAAGGAUCAUGGUUUCCGGGUUGAUAAGAUAAUGGAGAUUCUCAUGUCCAGUGUUCAAAACCUUGAGCUGCAGCAGCUAAGAACAAUGUGGUCUCACUUAGACAAACACAUAUUUAGGCACUUGGAAGCUCAUCAGAUUAUUGCCGCCCGGGACCUGGGUAUCGCGCUGAUGCGGCGGUACGUGGUCCAGGCAGCCUCGUCCACUGAGACGGCCGGCAACCGCAACCGCGACAAGGUCCACGAGUUCUUCGAGAAGAUGGCUCCGGAGAUUCACAACCGACCCGAGUGGCGCGACUGGUUCGCGCUACCAUUCCUGAAGGCGCCCGAGGACCACCCGACGUUCUCCGUCUUCUUCAGUCGCCAGUGGCAGGACACACUCGCCGUGUCGCUCCAUAACUUCCUGGCCAUUGUCUUUCAGUGCAUGCCGCGCCCGACGCUGGCCCAGUACCAGGAGGACUCGGCGCUGAUGCUGCAGUUGCAGCGCGAGAACAUGGACCUGCGCAGCCGGCUGGAGGCGCUGACAGGCGCCGGCGCCGCGCCGCCGCCCGAGCUGCUGCCCGCUCAGCCCAUCAUGGACGACUUUAACGUGGUGGCGCACGAGACGCCCAGCGUGGACAGCUCGUCGUCGUCGAAGCUGCGCUCGCUGAUCGCGCGCUCUAUCGGCUCGACGUCGCCCGGCUCGAGGCGGCGCUCGCCGGGCUCGGUCCGCGCCGGCGCCGGCGGUGCGGCGGCGGCGCGGACGGAGCCGGUGGCGCCCCCGCGCGUGGCCCGCUCCAUCUCGGCUGGCCGGCGCCCGGCGGCAGCGGCGGGGCAGUCCCAGGUCGCCGAGACGCUGCCCGACACCGGCGGCACCGGGCCCGUGCUGCUGGGACAGGAGUCGCUGCUGGGACACCGCUCCGCCAUCACCCAGUGUCGGUUCAACACGGCCGGCACCCUGCUGGCCACGACAGACAUGGACGGCGGCGUGCGCGUCUGGGAGCCGGCCCCGCCGCCCGCCAGGCAGGUGUGCACGAUGCGCUGCCGCUCGCCGGUGCUCUCCUGCUGCUGGCUGAACGGACAGCUGCUGGCCUACGGCUCGGCGUCCGGCGAGGUGCGCCUGCACGACGUCUCCAAACGGCGACAGGUGCUGGAGCUGACCGGCGACGCGCAGCCCGCGCUGCGAGACAGGAGGGUACUGCACCUGGCGGCCGCCAGUCCGUCCAGCUCGCUGCUCUGCUCAGUGACCUCUCGCGCCAGCAGUGGCCCCUCCCGCUCCGACCUGUUCAUCUACGACCUGAAGGCCUCACGACAGGAGUGCACGCUGAGCCUGCCGGCGUGCACGCUGAGCCUGCCGGCCGGAGUCAGCUGCGGCAGCGCCGAGUUCAACCACAACGGCCAGCUGCUGCUGUGCGCCUGCAGCGACGGCCACGUGCGCGUCUACGACGGCCGUAUGGAAGGCUGCAUCAGCGACUGGACGGCGCACACGGGCGCCGCGCUGACCGUCCACCUGUCCCCGGACCAGACGCACAUCUACACCCUGGGCGCGGACAACAAGGCCGAGCCCGGAACGCCCCGCGCCGCUCCCGUCUCCCGCCGUGCUGACCCGCCGUUCAUGUUCCGGUGCAGCUGGUGA